AUGUUCUCUACCACCGUCCCAGACACAGAUGAAACAUGUCCUUCAUUUACCAAACUGAGCUUUCACAGUGCAGUGGUUGGAACGGGACUAAAUGUGAAGUUGAUGCUCUACACAAGGAGAAACCCGACCUGUGCACAAGCCAUCAACUCCACAGUUUUGGGGAACUUGAACGUGACCAAGAAAACCAUCUUCACUGUCCAUGGAUUCAGACCGACAGGCUCUCCUCCAGUUUGGAUGGAGGACUUAGUAGAGGGUUUGCUCUCUGUAGAUGACAUGAACGUGGUUGUUGUUGAUUGGAAUCAAGGAGCUACAACUGUAAUAUACAACCAUGCCUCUGGAAAGACCAGAAAAGUAGCAAUAGUCUUGAAGGAAUUUAUCGACCAAAUGCUGGCAGAAGGAGCUUCUCUGGAUGACAUUUACAUGAUUGGAGUAAGUCUAGGAGCCCACGUAGCUGGGUUUGUUGGAAAGAUGUACAAUGGCCAGCUGGGAAGAAUUACAGGUCUGGACCCUGCAGGCCCUUUAUUCAAUGGGAGACCUCCAGAGGACAGAUUAGAUCCCGGUGAUGCACAGUUCGUUGACGUCAUCCAUUCUGACAUUGAUGCACUGGGCUACAGGGAACCAUUAGGAAACAUAGACUUCUACCCAAACGGAGGAUUGGAUCAACCUGGUUGCCCCAAAACAAUAUUUGGAGGAAUGCAGUAUUUUAAGUGUGACCACCAGAGGUCCGUGUACCUGUACCUUUCUUCGCUGAGAGAGAACUGCACCAUCACCGCGUAUCCCUGUGACUCCUACCGGGAUUAUAGGAACGGCAAGUGUGUCAACUGUGGCAUAUCACAGACGGAGUCCUGCCCACUUCUGGGCUACUAUGCUGAUAAUUGGAAAGACUAUUUAAGGGAGCGGGAUCCUCCUAUGACUAAAGUGUUCUUUGACACAGCUGAGGAGAAACCCUUCUGCAUAUAUCAUUACUUUGUGGAUAUUAUAACUUGGAACAAGAACAUAAGAAGAGGCUCCAUUACAAUCAAAUUGAGAGACAAAGCUGGAAACACCACAGAAUCCAAAAUCAAUCAUGAACCCACAACAUUUCAGAAAUACCACCAAGUGAGUCUGCUUGCAAGAUUCAAUCAAGAUCUGGAUAAAGUGGCAGCCAUUUCCUUGGUGUUCUCUACAGGAUCUGUAACAGGCCCAAGGUACAAGCUCAGGAUUCUCCGAAUGAAGUUAAGGUCACUUGCCCAUCCAGAGAGGCCCCAGUUGUGUCGCUAUGAUCUUGUACUGAUCGAAAAUGUUGAAACAGUCUUCCAACCUAUUCUUUGCCCAGAGUUGCAAAUGUAACUGUUGUCAGGACACCCGGGUACCAGUAACAUCAAGAAUGCUACAACUACAGGAUUUUUAAAGCUUCACCUCGCCUUCUCCUCAAGGCAUAAAAAGUACGGAAUAACCAGGGUUUUUGUUUUGUUUUUUUAAAAUCAUGUCCUGUGGAUGUCAUAUUGCAAAAUAUCAAGUGAUCCUGGAUUAUGAAACAGUCCUGGGAAGGGAGCCCCUAAAUAGGGCAAGUCAGAAAUAGCCAGGCUCCUGACGGCGCAGCGCCUUGUUAGGCUGUGUCCUGGGGCCUCAUUUGUUCCGAACUGUUGGUUCUGCUGCCUGCCACUUGGGCAUUUCUGCCAAUCACAGUGGCCAGGCAAGCAUCUUAAGGGAAGGACUGGCUGGAGACAUCACUUUGGACUCGACCCCAUGUUCUCUGUGCCAGAUCCCUCCGGGCUCUGCACAGAGGGGGAAUGGCUUCCUGCCUUGUUUAAAGUGGGGCUAGUGCAGGAGGAGGUGGGGACAGACCAACAACCAAGAAGGCAGCUGCUGGGACUAGUGGAUGAGGGAAGAAGAGCAGAUGAAGCAGUGGGGCAGCCUUGCUCACAGGGACAAGGGAUAGAGUGAGAGGCAGGAGAGAAAAAGCAGAGCUUGUUUUUCACUUAAGGUGAAGAAGCAUCACUUUACAUGCAACCCUCAUCUGAAGCAAUACUUAAGAAAUGUUUUGUUUUUCUUUAUCACCAAUGUAAUCUGUACUUGUUGAAGGAAAUUUCAAAAAUGCACGGAUGCAAAUUGAAAAUAUGCUAUCCAUAAUCCCACCUGUUAGAGGUAAUUAAUGUGAACCUUUUGGAGCGAUGCUAAGUAACUUGUUUUGCCAACAUGUGAAUUCAAAGCACUAACCGGUCUGCUCUUGGCGCACCCGAAGCUCCCAGUUUGAGGAAUUCUCAGGCUUCCCUAGGAAGAGGUGCGAUCCAUGAAUCUGAAAUGACAACAGCAGCCAAGUCAAGAGGCCCUCCCAAGGGCCAAGGUCAGAGAGGUCAGAACCACUUGAGGUCAGAUGCCCAGGGUGGAGACAGAGCCAGAGGGGUGGACACCACCCAUCCCC